UUCCGGGGCUUAGGCCCAUCGCUGGUUAUUACUACCGCCCUAGUCCAGUGACCGCACGUUUAUACCCUUUGAAGGGUACGUCCACCGUACGGCUGUGGUCUUGGAGAAGUCCGGCCACCGCACACCCUUGCUCUUUUAUAUAGCCGCUGGAUACGAAGCCGGCAGGUAUGAUCGUCCGGCGACGGGAAGUAAAAGAAGGGAGAAGAGAUCCCUAGAAUAGUAGAAGAGUGGAAUCAAAGAGACUCCUUGCUUUGCAAAAUGGCAGAGAAGAUGGGCAAUGAAGCCAGUAGCAGCGGCGGCAGCAUCCACAGGGGUGAAAGUGUCGUCAUCGAUCACGGUUGCCGCUUGAGCUCUUGCGGUUACUGCAAGUCCGGAGGAUUCACAAGUUGCUCUCAUGGUUUAUGGGCUCAGAGCAUUACAGUUGAUGACUACCAAGAACUUCUUGACCGAGGCUGGAGGAGAUCUGGGUCAUUUCUUUAUAAACCUGAGAUGGAACGGACAUGCUGCCCCUCGUAUACCAUCCGUCUCAAGGCAGGUGAUUUUGUUCGCAAUAAAGAGCAAAAUCGUGUAUAUAGACGAAUGCAAAGAUUUUUAGAUGGUACACUCAAUGUGAAAAAACCAGACAAAGUUGAGGAUACGCCCAACUCUUCUCAGGCUCUGUGCAGCUUGGUCGGUAAUGCAUCUUCAAGCACAAUGGUGUCAGAAUCUAUCGCAAAGGAGUCCUUUGCUGGGGGUUGUGGAGAUAACCAUAAGGCUGAAGAAUAUAUCAAGUACUUGUCCAGCAAAAUUGAUAAUGCUGUAAGGACAUGUGUGGAAAGGGGUAAAAUUCCUUCUGUUCAACUCCCCAAGGCUAUUGUUAAAAAAGUGACACAGCAAGCCAAGAAGAAGCUAAUUGAAGUAUGUGGAGAUCUGUUGUACACUAGCAACAUUUCAUUUCAGAUAGCAGCAGUGCUGAGACGGUCUCAAUCAGCAGAAACGGAUGCUAACCAAUUAGGGUUAUCAAAGAGCAGUAUUACUCAAAGUGGGCAGCUUUUCGAGGUUUCACCAAAACUUGUUGCAGAGAUGCUUGCGUGCUCAUUAGAUCAGCAGGGAGAACUCUCCAGUCUGUCAAUCAAAGCUUGCAAUGGGCACCUCAAUUUUUAUUCCUCUACCCCUGAAACUGCUUCACGGGAAACAUCUGUUAAUUUCGUCUCUCCUGCCCAAUCUUCUGGAGGCAGUGGAGGUAAAACCAAAUGCAGCGUUCUAGUUAAUAACCAUGAGUUCUCUCAACAUAAACGGCGAAGACUUGAGAUUCGUUUGAAACGGUCAACUUUUGAUCCCGAAGAAUAUGCUUUAUAUAGAAGAUAUCAAAUUAGAGUGCAUAAUGAUAAACCAGAUAAAGUCACAGAAAGCUCGUACAAAAGAUUUUUGGUGGACACUCCCAUAAUUUUUGUUCCACCAUCUGGCGAUGGGACUGUUCCACCUUGUGGUUUCGGUUCUUUCCAUCAGCAGUAUGUGAUUGAUGGGCAACUUGUUGCAGUUGGUGUGGUGGAUAUCCUUCCGAGAUGUUUGUCAAGCAAAUAUUUGUUCUGGGACCCAGAUCUUGCCUUCUUAUCGCUUGGGAAGUAUUCAGCUCUGGAAGAAAUAAAGUGGGUGAAGGAGACACAAGUCCAUUGUCCUAGUCUUCAGUACUAUUAUCUUGGUUAUUAUAUUCAUUCCUGCUGCAAGAUGAGAUACAAAGCUGCAUACCGUCCAUCUGAACUUCUAUGCCCACUUCGUUACCAAUGGGUUCCAUUUGAUACUGUAAAGCCAUUACUUGAUAAAAAAUCAUACGUUGUUCUAUCUGAUUUUGCAAAGUUGGAGAAUGGGGCAUCUUCCCAACUUCAGGCUGCAGAAAACUCCAUUGAGCAGGCAUGCAUUGAGCCCUGUCAAGAGGAUCAUAUUGUAUCUCAUAGCGAUGAAGAGUCUCUUAGUGAGGAAGACGAGGAAAUGAAUCUUGAUUCUGAAGUCAACUUCGGCCCAGAAACCAGCAGCAUGGAAGUUGAGUAUGAAUUGAAGGCUGAUGAUAUUAGUGAUAUUGUUUUGGAUUUGAAUGGCGUUCGCCUGCAAUAUAAGGAUUUACAACGAGCGUUUCGUCCCAUUCGCGAACAGAGGCAUAAGGAUUUGUUGGAACUGCAGCUGCAUAGAUACACGAGAGCAGUGGGCGCAGGACUCUCGCGUCGAAUGGUUUACUCCCUUUGAUCACUUCCCCACUAAUUUAUGAAAUAUGUGUCAAUUGAGGACUGAAGAUGCAUCCAUUCAUCAGCUGAAGAUGCUGCCAUUGUGGAAGUCAUUGGUUGCUGUGUAUUGUUUUAUUGCAUCCAUUUUGAAUGAGGUACAGAUUCUCAUACUGGUUUUGUUUGUUGUUUUGUAUUGAUCCUUCCUGUUUAAGAUGUAGGUCCUAGAUAAUGUAGGGGAAAAGGUAGUUAACUUGCUUGCCAGAGUCCUCCAAAUUGUAGCUGACCUGAACCUCUGCCCCAUGAGUGCCCCCACCCUUGGUGAUUGAAAUUGUUGGCAUGAAGGGACCCACUAUGAUGUGCUCAAUGUAAAAGUCACUAUUCAGAAGA